AUGCCGGAUCCGCCCGGCGCCGAUGCGCCCCCGCCCGAGGACCUAUUGGGUGGUAAUGGCGCGAGUGAUUCAUCACUCAACACGCAAACGCGUGAAGCGGUCACUGGAGGAACCGCGAAUCCUCCAGCUUGGUCGCCCGAGGCAACUCAGGUCCGGUUGGACCAUGAGAAGCUGAUGAAGAAGACCUUCCAAGUGCUCGGGAUUGUUCCCUCCAGCAAGUCGACCCGCCGACUGAUGGUCCUGAUGCACGACGCCUCGACCCCGCCUUCGCAGGCGCCAGCGCUCGCACGAGCCGCCCAAAGAGCGGUGCGAAACGACGCAGCCCCGGCCUCCAAUGUGAUUCGAGUCAUUAUGGAUGGUCCUGGAUCACCCAGAGGUCCUGUACAGACCGCGCUGCGCAAGCACUUUGGAUUGGCCGAGACGCCGUUCAUGUUCGCGCGGCCCGAGGGCGUCGUGCUUGACCCCGAGGUCGAGAAGCUUUUCUCGAAAUGCGUGAAGCUGAACCCGAUUGUGACGAAAGCCACGAAGAGGUUCCCGAUCGCUCGUCACAUGUACGAGCUUGUAUUCGAAUCCGAGCAAGCUUGUCUUGAAGCCGCUUCAGCGGGCCCAUUCCCCUACCACGGCAAGGAGAUGGUUACCGAGCUCCCCAGCGCCUCUCCCCUUAACCACGUCGUGCAGGUGCGAUUCACCUUGCCCUCCUCCUCCAGCGCGAUCCCCGCUUCCGUGCUCCGAAAAUCUCUCGAUGAUGCUAUCACCCUUUCGUUCGGCCGCGCAGGUCGCACGCAAGGUUAUACCCUGAUGCAAUUACAGCGGGGCCUCGCGGUCGAUCCGAAUGGCGAUCCGAUGGCCAUGACCGAAGACGGGUUCCACUGCGCGUACCUUCGCUUACAUGCUGAUCUUUUCCAAGGCUCCAUCGAGACGCAGAAGGCCGCGCUCAACGCCGCUUUGCCACAAGAGAUCGAGAUCCUGGGCGCCAAGUACGGCUUGCGACACGAAUUCGAGACGCACUACUGCGCGGUGUGCGAUCGCGCCGGACACCAGUGGGGCGCUUGCAGGAAGCCGGUUUCGACUCCGGCCACCGCCGCCCCUGUUCCGGGGGCCUCGACCUCGACUUCGACUUCGACCACCGGCUUCCGAGUUGCUGGAAAGAAUGGGAAGCACGGUGGGCCUGCCGCAUUGAACUCUCGUGUCUCUGGCGCGAACAUGAUCCAGCUGGGACCUCGUGCUAACCCCGCAGGUGCAGUAACCGCCAACAAGGACGACGCGAACGACGGCGACGACGAGUCGGUCGUUUCGACCGAACCGGAGGGCGGCGACACUGGGGAAGAGACGUCGACGUGUGCGACCCUGGGCUCAACAAAGGAGACGCAGACGACGACGGCGGCGCCCGUUUCGACCCCGACCUCUCCUUCGCCUUUGUCCGGUGGCACGUCGGGAUCAUCGGCAACCUCGACAACCUCGAUAGCCUCGACGAGUCCUCGACGCCUUCGUUCGAGCUCGGCACCCGGCAACCGACGUGUCACCCGGGCGGGAUCCGCCAUGAUCCUCGGUGCAUCAGGGGGUGAUGGCUCAGGGGGCAACAGUUCAGGGGGUCACAGGUCCGAGGUGACCGAAUUCGAGGGGGGCGGCGCUGAACUGAUUUAAUCAUGAUUGAGUCACUCACCGUGUUGACGUUCAACGUCCGAUCGAUGAAGAACGCAGUCAACCAAGUCAAAAUCAUCCGUUAUCUCAAAACCCUUCGGCCGGCCCCUGCGGCCAUCCUCCUGCAAGAGCACCACCUCAGCUACAACGCGUCGCGCGAAGGCUUCGAGAGUGCUUGGCCGGGGGCUUGUAUUCGUUUCACUCCUCAUGUCCUUACCCUCAUACCCGAUGGCUCACCUUUGGCGGGCCAUCUCCUUUCCUCUACCCCGGUCGUCUUUGCAGGAGCUCCUCGUUUCGACGGUCGGAUUCUGCGCUCGGUGUUUCGUCUUGAGGAGCUCGAUGUCGAGAUCAUCAACAUGUACGCGCCGGUGCAGGAGGACGAUCGUCGCGACUUUUUCGGGCUUCUGCACUUCAACGCCCCGAGACCCAAGAUUCUUCGGAUCUUGGCCGGCGAUCUCAACGAUUGUCCGGAUGUAUCGGUCGACCGAGUGUCCAUCACCGAUCGCGCUUGGACUCCUGUAUCGCACUGGCAGACCUUGCUGUCAAAGAUCGCGUUCAAGGCACUCGACACGGUCCGAUAUGUCCAUCCUUGCACCCCUGCAUUCACUCGUCCUCACUACCGUGGUAGAGGGGAAGAGCGAAAGAUUUGCUCGUGGUCGCGGAUCGACUAUAUUCUUGUCCAAUGCAGUUGGGCGAACCGGUUGUUGAGCGCUUCUACGCUCUUCGAUGCGCCCUGUUCGGACCACAGACCUGUAGUUGCGACUUUCGCUUUGCCUACAUCGAACACUGAUGCCGAACCCCCCCUUUCUCUUCCCUCCACGAGCGAUUUCAUUUCGAGGCUCAACCCAAUGGUCUUUGACGAUCAAGACUUUGUCGCAUCGAUUCCCGGGGUCGUCGACGAGGUCUAUCGAAGGCUCGAGGGGACCGCUCCGCUCGGCGACGUCUAUGACGCCGCUCUGCGGGCGGUUGCAGUCGCUGGCCAUGCACGAUACCGCUCGACUCGUGCCGACAUGCGCCGACUGCGGGCCGAGAGCCAAUCCGUCAUGGAGGCUUUGGAGGCACGCGGUGAGCACAUGAAUGAGGCCGAGCGCGAUGUGUAUGCUCUUGCCAAGUCGCGGUUGGACCAGUUGGCGGUAAAGGAGGCUCAGUGGCUGCGCAUUCGUGCGCAUGUGCCGUCAGUCGACUCGAGGGAAGGUCAAUCGGCAAGCAUUCGCACGCGCCUCAACCGCCGGAGUCGCCAGACGAGCAUCGUCUCGCUGGAGGAUGUGGAUGGCACCGAGACCGUUGACAUGCAGGAGGCGCUGGGUAUUGCUUCACGGCACGCGCAGUCGCUCUUCACGCCGGACCCAGCUCGUGGCGACCCGACGAACGCACGCCGGUCCCUGCUCGACCCUAUUCGCGCAGCGAAAUGCUACGAUGACGACCGCUCGGACCCUACGUUCGGUCGUCGGCUGCCUCGUCAAGCGAGAGUGGCGCUUGACGAGCCCUUCACCCUCCUCGAGGUUGAAGCGGCGUUGAAGAAGACGGAUUCGGGGCGAUCACCGGGGCCCUCGGGCAUUCCGUACGAGCUCUUCAAGGCGCUGCCAACCUACUUUGCUCCCAAGCUGUUGGACUUGUUCAACUCGAUUUGGGAGGGCGGCAAAAUGACGGCGUCCUUGGCAGAGGGACUGGUGCGGCUCUUGCCCAAGAAUAAACCGGGGGCCAAUCUGAAAUCACUGGGGGCAUACCGACCGAUCACAUUGCGCGAGACGACCUACAAGGUCCUCAGCAAGGUCUUGGUGGCGCGACUCAAUGGGGUGCUCGGCGAGCUUUUACCGCCGGCGCAACACGGUUUCAUGCCAUCAAGACGUUCAGCGGACGCGGGAAGUCAUCUCACUCUCCUUCUCGAAAAACUCAAGUCGCUAGGCACUGAUGUUUUCCCCGAGGGCGCCCUCUUGUCUUUGGAUCAGCAGAGCGCGUACGAUCGGGUCGAUCACGCCUGGAUCUUCGAGGUCUUUGAGGCCUUUGGGUUCGGUGAGCGUUUCAUCUCGCUGCUGCGCGCUCUCUACGAUCCCGAGACUCUGGGGGUGCGCUACCUUGUCAAUGGGUUCCCCACGGACUUGGUGCGGUUGCUGUGUGGUCUCGGUCAGGGGGAUCCCCUCUCGUGCCCGGUUUGGAACAUCACGUUCCAGCCCUUCCUCGACGCCCUCGUUCGGCGCGGGAUCGCGCUCGACCUGCAGAAGGUGUGGCCAGGGGGGCCGCGUGCGCAGCUUACGCAUCUGGCGUUUGCCGACGAUGCUGUGGUGGUGGUGGAGUCACCGGCGGCAUUGUCGAAGCUGCAAACGCUGUCGCAGACGUGGUACGAGGCUACCAACGGGAAGACCAACACGGACAAGACGCUGGUGCUACCACUCGGACCGAACUGGCUUCGGGACGAGACUGCGCAGGCGCUGCCAACGGUGCAGGAGGGGGAGAGCUUCAAGUGGUGCGGCUAUGCCUUCUUUCGCCACGGUGACUCGAAACUGUUUUGGACCCAUGUUCUUGACAGGAUCAAGGCCAAGACCCGCGCCGCUCGAGACCGGACACUUUCGCCGAGUGGGAAGGUUUUCUAUGCCAACGCUCACAUCAUCUCGACGGUCCUCCACGUGCUGUCCUUCGACAUACCGCCUCAAUGGUUCAUUAAGGCGGCGGAGACGGCACUUACGGACUUUGUCUGGGGAGGAGCAGGGCGAAAUACCGUCGCUCGCGAUUUCGUGUUCCAGGCUCGGGAGGACGGUGGCUUGGGUUUGAUUUCGAUUGGCGACAUCGUUCAUUCGGUGGCGCUUCGAUUUUGGGAUGCUGUGGCGGGCUCGGACGAGGCGAUCUGGGCGCCCCUAGCUCGCGAGAGCUGGAGGUCCCUCGUCGCUGCGACCCGCGAUUUCAGUCCGUGGGGGUUCUUCAGCAGCACGGCUCGGGUCGAGAAGCUGUAUCGCGACUCGACGCGCUGGGGGGCAGUCGUUGCAGCGGCCAGGGUCACAGUUCCAACCAUCAAGUCCGAACUCCUUACGCUUCCCGAAUUGCUCUCGCUUCCGCCUCGCCUCCCUUCACUCUAUGCUGAAGGUGCCCAGCACGCAUAUGACGAUGCGGACGCGGUGGCGAAGUUUGCGCAGAUCGCGGACCUGUACUGGAGGGACGAAGGGAAGGGAUGGGCUCUGGUUGGUCAUCGACGCGGGUUCUGGCAGCACUCUAAGGAACCCGCCCUACAGCACGAGCACGUGUGGUCGCGCGUGGGUCAGUUGCUCAAGGCGAAAGCGUUGCUGCCCAAGACCGCGUUGCGACCUGCUCGGAUACCUCUCAAGGAGGCUCCCCGUCCUCGGUGCUUCAACUUCUUUGGGCUCUCCCGACCUUUUACGAUUCGCAAGCUUCGUCGGCUUGUGAACAAGGUGCGGUUCCCAGGGAGGGAGGACCGUGUCAAGCGUUUCCCUGAUGGGACUUCUCAGAGCGAUAGGAAGCGCUUCUGGAGAUGGCUUCAUGACCGGUUCGCGUCUGCUGUCGAGCAGGACACCCACUGGCGGCUCAUGUACGACGUGACGCCGACGCGCAAGAGGCAGCAUACUCAGGGUCAUGCCUCUUCGCCGACGUGUCUGUUCUGUGGCAACGAUGCAGCGGUCAUCGAGACGGUGUCCCACUACUUUUUCGAGUGCGCGUACUCGACCAGCUUCUGGGGUGGGGUGCUACGCAUUCUGCUUGACAAGCUCGGCAUCGAGGAUACCGACGUCGAUCCGUCGACGUUCACUCCGGAGCAGCUGACUAUGGGGCUCCCCCUUUUGCGGGGUCGUGGGAGAACGACCUCGAAAUGGAUGUGGGUUCGGCUGGCCUGCGCGAUCGGCUUCCAGCGGCUGCACCUGCUCCGCUGGCGCGUUCAUCAGCGGUUCGAGCUGGACAACGUCGUGGCCCCUCCCUCGCUUCCCAGUGCGCUCAGAGCGUUCGAGCGAGAUUUUCUCUCUCGAGCGGGUUUUGUGCCUGGGGUUCGAGAUUGGGAGGUGUGAUGACCGAGUUAAGUCCUUCCUUCCCAUUUUCCUCCCCUCCUUUCCUGCCUUCCUUUUCGGUCAGAAGCUGACUGUCUUGAAACUUGUUGCGCAGUGGAAGGCUGCGCACCUCUCCCUCUCUCUACUUUGCGCAGUAGCGAUUUUCGUUCUUGGAUGGAUCGGCAAGCCGGGUCGAUCGUCGUUGCGUUGGAGGCUUUGUGAAGUUCUCCCCCCUCUUUCCCCCCCCUUUUUUUUCCCUUCCCUUCCUCUUCUCUUUCCUGUUGCUCGGUUGUUGACUACGCUUCAGCCACUUCUCCUUUUAUUCCUAAGCCGUGUGUUGGAUUCCGUCGAAUAGAUCGUUCGUUCGCGUUGGUCAAGAUCUACGGCAUGGAUCGGGAAGAAAGGUCGCUCGUUUUUUUGGUCAAUAUCCUCGCGUCAAGGCGAGGCUUGUUUCGUUGUAUUGGAUCGUUUUCGCUCGGCCCCGACGGCUCAACAGCCAGCACUCGAGACUCAGCCAAGGGAGGACAUCAGGCGCUGUCGGGGUGACGAGUAGCUGGGGCUUGGCUGCGGCCUGUCAGUCCCUGGGGACCUCUAGCUCUGGCUUCGACCCCCUCCCUUGGCCCCUCGGGUGUGUUCCCCUCCUCCUCCCCUCCUCUCUGUCUUAGUAUUCCUGGUUCUCCGUGUUUCCAGUCGUGAAUUUUUGUAUAUUCUCCCCUUUUCUUUCUCUAGGCGCUCUUGCCUGGUUUUCGAGUAUCUUCGCUCCCGCUCUUGGGACGUGAAGCGGCAGCAGUACUCACCGCCCGUUGGAGUCCGCGUUAGGUGCUCGGCGAGUUUUGAUCUGCGCAGCGCUCUUUGCGCGCAGGGGUUUGACUUUCACCCAAUUGCUUGCCGUCGUUGCUUUAUAACCUCUUUUAGCUCUUUUUCUAGCGGUCCCAGCCAACCCGAAGGAUUGCAAUUUAUGAGCCCCAGUAAAAAAAAAAAAAUUGCAUCAGAGCUAACUGGGUUGAGCAGGCACGACUUGAGCGGGACCAAAGCAUCGAGAGGAGGCUCAACGCUGAAACCCCCCCUCUGGUGCGUCACAACUUUGCCACGUGGGACGAGGACGGUGAGAUACGCUCCAUCAACAUCAGGGGGACCGCUGCGAAGUUCAAGAAGCAGGUGAUGAAGAGGUCGCAGACUGCGGCGGACCUCAGUGACCCAAGUGACGAACCGACCGACGCCAAGCGAGUCAUCAUCAAAGGGAAGAGCCGCGUCGUGGUGAAGGAUGGAAUAGAGGGGCGGAGGGUGACGAGGUCGAUGUCGGCGGCAGCGGCGAUGCAGGUCGAGGUGACGAAGGUGGACAGAGGGAAAGGAAGAGGGGUAGCUGAGGAAAAACGAUGGUCCGACCACGAGCCCGAGGACGAUGUCCUGCCCGCCCUUCCCCUCUUUGAGGACGUCACCACCGCCAAGAGCGCCUCGACCUCGACUACCCAUUAAUGAUCAAGCACACCAUCAUCACCUGGAACGUAAGAAGGGGCAUGGGGGUCCCGGAAAAACGACGUAAUAUCUACACCUACCUUUCCACAUUCAAAGCUUCCGCGAUUCUCUUACAAGAGCAUUUCAUCAGACCACAAUUCUGGCAGCUCAUCAAGGACGAGUACGAGGGCAAGCUCUUCAUCAACCAGCACUGCCUGACCCUGAUCCCGGCCGACUCGCCCCUGAUCGACGCCGAGCUCUUGCGCACCCACUCGGCACUCGACGGCCGGCUCCUCGUCACCUCCUUUCGUCUGCGGGGCGACAUCAAAAUUCUAGAAAUCAAUAACCUCUACGCGCCCGUUGACCCAAAACAACGAGCAAAAUUCUUCGACAAACUGAUCCUCCACAAAACACAGAAAUCCCACCUCCGACUCCUUGGCGGCGAUCUCAACGACUGCCCGCGCCCAGAAGUCGAUCGGCGGAACCAAAGUCGGCGCGGCCACCACUGGCCGAUUCUGAUGGGCAAGCUCGACUCGGCCUACACGGACUGCAUCCGCUACAAGCACCCCAUCACCCCAUCUUUCACUCGACCUAAUCCCAAUCGCAAGCGACCCAACUCCUUCUCCCGGCUUGACUACUUUCUCCUACAAAGAGCUCACCAAAAAAGGCUCGACCAGGCCUCGACGAUCUACGACUAUCCCAAGGAUCUUUCCGAUCACCGACCGGUCUUGAUCGUACUAGCUCUCUCAGACGAUCUUGAUGCGGCUCUCCCACAGCUCAGCCUACCUACCACAUCCGACCAACUACAUCGAAUCAAUACCACAACCUUCAAGACGGUGGAAUUUCAGCGGAUGAUGGAAGGAUGGUUGGAAGGGGCAAGCGGGGAGGAUCCGGUGCGAGAGCUUGAGGAGGUUCUGGAGGCGUGCAGGGACAGGGGUGGGGAGAUGGCGAGGAGGCUGCAUCGGGAGCGGACGGAACGGAUGGAGUAUUUGGUGGGGAGGGUGCAGGAUCUGGAGGCGUUACCGGUAUGGGGGGAGGCGGAAACGGCAGAAUGGACAAGGACGUCCGAGGAACUCAAGCGGGCGGUCGAGGAGCGCGCGCGCCUACUCCGGAUCCGAGCCCACGUCCCCGAGAUCGCUUCCGAGGAACGACUGUCGCGGCCGGUCCACGCCAAGCUCGCGGCGCGGAACUCGGACUCCAAGAUCACAGCACUGCGCUUGGGCAACGGAGAGCUAACGCAUGACAUUGAUGUCGCUCUUGACCACACGCAGGCGCAUUUCCAGCGCCUCUACCACAUCGAGCCUCGUGAUCCGGAACGCGUCGACCGACUUCGGGACGAACUCCUCGUGCCGAUCAGGGCGGCACGGACUUGCGACGACCCGCGCUCAGAUCCGCUCUUUCUGCGCCGACUCUCGGAAGCGCAGAUUGAUCUCCUCCAGCAACCCAUCACCGAGGACGAGGUCGUGGCCGCGAUCGGGACGACGCACCCGGGGCGAUCGCCGGGCCCGUCGGGCGUGCCUUACGAACUCUAUCAGACCGCACCGGAGGCGUGGUCCAAGGUGCUGACCAAGGCCUACAACGCGAUGAUCGAGCGCGGUUCACUCUCUCCCAAGCAGGGCCAGGGACUCGUGCGCCUCAUCUUCAAGCGCCACAAGAAGAAUGCCGAUCGCGCCGAACUCUCGUCGUAUCGCCCCAUCACCCUGCGCGAGUGCGAUUACAAGAUUUUUACCAAGGUCUACGUCGCCCGAUUGAACCAAAUUCUGCCCGAUCUCCUCCCGCCGCAGCAGCACGGCUUCGUCAAGGACCGCCGAUCGGCCGACGCUGCACUACACCUUCGUCUCCUGAUCGAGGAACUUGGCGCGCGCAGGACCGAGUUCCCCGCGGCCGCGCUCUUGUCUCUUGACCAAUCAUCCGCCUACGACCUCGUCGAGCAUGACUGGAUCUUUGCCAUUUUCGACGCUCUGGGCGUUCCUACCACCUUUCUUCGCGUGCUGAGGAUGCUCUACUCGGGUGACUCGACCUCGGCGCGCUACAUCAUCAAUGGGUUCCUGACGGCGCCGGUGCGACUGACGUGUGGGCUCGGCCAAGGGGACCCGGCGUCAUCGUCGGUCUGGGACAUCGUGUUUCAGCCGUUCCUGGAUGCUCUACACCGUCGAAACAUCGCGCUGAAUCUCUCCAUACCUGCACUUCAUCCGUACCCACAGAGCCGCGCCAUUACAUCACUUGCAUUUGCCGAUGACGUUGUCGUCGCCGUCGCGGGCUUGGAGUCACUCAACUUGCUCGAUGACCUGGCGCUCGACUGGAGGCAUGCAACGAAUGGCCGGCUCAACACGGACAAGACGGUCGUCCUACCGAUUGGACGUCGCUGGGACCCUGGGGAACGGCCAAUCGUCGUCAAGGCCGCAGGCGAGUCGCUCGAGUGGAUCGGCCUCCCCUUCGACCCCAGCGGCGACACCGAACUCGCCUACGCGAAUCUCAUCGAACGGCUCGAGGCGACGCUGGAAGCGGUUCAGCAUCGCUGGCUCACGCACCACACCCGUGCCUUUUACGUCAAUCGGUACGCCAUUCCCAAGAUCCUGCAUUUCCUUGCAGCCGACAUCCCGCCGCCCGAAGUCGUCAAGAAGCUCGAUGACAUGCUCGUCGAUUUCGUCCGUGGGGGCAAGGGCAGGACCAGCUACGGCAGAGACAUUGUGUUCACCGCCAAGAACAAGGGGGGACUCGGGGUGAUAAGGAUGCGGGACGUUGUGGACGCGGUUGCGGCACGGCUCUGGGACGUUCUUCUCGGCGGUUCCGGCGCGAUUUGGCAAGGACUUGCGCGCGCAUCACUCCAGCGAGCUCAGCCCGACCUCGACCUGGCCACCGAUCUCUGGCCACAUCCAUCCACUCCCAUCCCCAACGACCUUCAUCCCCGAUGGCACGCCGCACUGGGCGUUCCGAAACUUCACGACGCGCAGGUCAACCCGAGGGCCUUGACCACCGCGAACUUGCUCGCGCUGCCCACCCUGCUCGGCAGCCUCCACACCCCCAUCAGAGGGAGACAGACCAUCGACGCGGUUCAUGUACCUGACUACCUUCGUCUCCAGGGCUACCCGAAGGUGGCGGAUCUCUAUCGACGCGAGUUGUAUGCGGGUGGGGGGUUUCACCUCUGGACGCCGCCGGCGGAUGUGCUCGGCGACAACAGCGAGUACGAUCGACGCGGGCUCCCGCAGCGACUGGCAAUCGCGGCCUGGUACCGGUUCACUGUCGAUCGACACAAGAACACCCCCUUGGCGGCGGCGGUGGCGGCGGGACGACUCAACGUGCCUCCCCGGAUCGGCACCAGCGCACCACUCGAGGCGAUCAUCCCCAAGCCCGUGGCCCGCUUCGCAAUGGAGCAGCGCCUUCCGGACCCGGUGCUUCCACAACAGGCGAGCCAGUAUACGCUGCUGAACAUGGCUCGCCCCUACACAGUCCGUCGCAUCCGCCGGGUCCUGAACGCGAAGGCAUUUACCAACAUGCUCGGGCUCAAGGGACCACCGCAGCCGGACGACCUCAGGAGCUUCUGGAAGGCAGUCAACUCGAAGGCACUGACGGCGAGGGAGAGGGAAGUUUGGUUCAAGCUGAUCCUCCGCUUCACCCCGACGCGCAAACUCCAGCACGAGCAAAAGCACGACACUUCUCCCGCGUGCCUCGUGUGCGAAGCGCCGGUGGACGACACCGAUCACUACUUCUUCGGCUGCGUCGACUCGCGGAACAUCUGGACCGCGGCAAGGGGCGUGCUCUGCGACGCGCUCGGAUGCGACACGAUCGAGGACGCCGAGUACACGACACUACAACGACUCUUUGGCCUCCCCAAGCUCAAGGCCAAGCUCAGCGAACAGGAAGGCGCAGGCAGGACGAUCGAGAUCUUCACGGGGAUGGUCUUGGAGAUGAUCAGCAGUGGGAGAUGGAGGAUGCAGAAGCACGGGACGAGGAUGGAAAGCCUGGAGCGGAGGAGGGUGGUACUGGAGGAGAGGAUGAAGUUGAGGGCGGGGGGAGCAAGGGGCGGGCGAGGGCAGUAG